AUGUGCUGGAGCAUACUUUUCAUCAUCAACAUUAAGUUCUUUUUAACUUCUCAAUUAGUUAUUGAAGGAGAUCGUUACUUAAAAUUUUAUGAGGGAAAUGCAAUUGGUCCAGUGUAUGAUGGAUAUCAACCAAAUAGUGAGUCAGGUGCACAUAUAGUAAAGAUAAUGUACAACAAUACCUAUGCAUAUGUUUAUUAUAAUGGAGGUUGUUAUUUUGAUGAUAAUAAUAAUAAAGUAGAGGGUACUCAUUUUGCAUUGUAUGAAGAUGGUAAAAAAUGUGGUUAUACUAGAAGGUAUGGAAAAGGAAAAAUUCUCAUCACAGGAUUUCAUUUUGAGUUUGAUGAACAAUGUUGUUCUCAUUUAUUAAGUAAAUUAAGUUAUGAUGAUUUUGAAUCAAGAAGAGAAAACUUUGUUAGAUAUAUUUUUUCAUUAUUGAGUGAUUGUUAA